AUGCGACCCAAGGUUUUGGAGAUUGCAUGGCACGAAACUCAAGCCGUAUAUUCAUGUGACUUCCAACCCCUUCCACCUGCUCAAGUCAAGCGGCUCCUACCCCCUGCUGACGAUUCCGAUGUCGAGCGGGAAAAUCAAAAAGAUAAAGACAGGGCUCCGAUACCGGUACCAAGGCAGUAUAGAUUGGCGACAAGUGGAGGUGAUAGUAAAGUCCGGCUCUGGAUGAUCCAUCCCAAUAUUCCCGCUGUUUCACCCAAUGCCCACGCCGCUCUCACUGGACAAGAAGUAACACUUCAUCCACCCCGUGCUGAAUACCUCACGACCCUGAGCAAACACACGGCAGCUGUGAACGUUGUCAGGUUCAGUCCAAAUGGUCAGAUAUUGGCCUCUGCUGGUGAUGACGGUAAUGUCAUUUUGUGGGUCCCUUCAGACCGCCCUGUCGCGACUUUUGGAGAGACUCCCGACGAUGUGCCGGAUAAGGAACACUGGCGUCUGCAGAAACUGUUGCAGGUCACCACCAAGCACGUUUACGAUCUCGCCUGGUCCCCCGAUGGUGAAUUUUUCAUCGCUGGGGCCACUGAUAACACCGCCACCAUAUGGAAAGCAGCGACGGGUGAAUGUGUGUUCGCCCUUCGCGAGCAUACUCACAACGUACAAGGUGUCGCUUGGGACCCUCUGAACGAAUACAUCGCCACCCAGAGCAGUGACAGGUCUGUCCAUGUCAACACGUUUGCGUUCCGUAACGGCGUCCCGGACGUUCAUCCUGUCUCACGUGCCACAAGAAUGGAAAUACGACAUUCUCGCACUCCAUCUUUCCCUUCUGCCCCUCGACCAAAUCUCACCAGGAGGGCUUCGACCACUUCUGAGGCUGGUUCCGUGAUCACACUGGCAUCUGAAAUGACGGACCUUCCUCAUCAUCCUUCGGCUUCGGUCCCACCCUUGACUCCUAGCGCAUCGGUCCCGUCGACACCCAUGGCUCAAGCUCAAGCCCAAGGGGCUCCGGCGGCAUUAUCAGCUAUGAACCCACCUCCUACCAAACCGACCUCCCGUAGAUCGUCUUUCUCCGGUUCUCAAGCUGCGGCAUCACCAUCUUUAUCAGCUAUCGCUUUCCAAGGUCGUGGUCGAUCUCCAUCACCUAUCCCUCCCCUGCCUGCCAUUCGCACUCCUUCAACUUCCGCCCAAGCUGCCAUGCAGCGGCUUUACGGUGAUGAAGGUGCCACUCGUUUCUUCAGACGACUUAGCUUUUCUCCAGAUGGAAGUCUGUUACUCACUCCUGCGGGACAGAUAGAAGAUCAAGUGUACCGGUUCUCUCCUAUGCUGAUCUCUCGAUCUUUGUCUCAAGAUGGGACUGGUCCAACACCUUCAGAUGUCCCACGACCCAAAGUGGGCGAAACCAAACCUACUGUUUAUAUCUACUCUCGUGCCAAUCUCGCUAAAGCUCCCGUGGCUCAUCUCCCAGGACAUAAAACUUCUAGUGUCGCUAUUCGAUUCUCUCCUGUCUUCUACGAUUUGCGCACCGGACCGGGAGCACAAUCAGAGCCAAAGAAUAUUACAUUGGAUAGAUCGGAUCCUGCACCCGUACAAGUGUCUCUGUCAAUGCCUCCUCCUCCACCACCGAGUAAGGAGAAGGAAAGGGACGAGAAAGAAAAGGAAAAGGAGAAACCACUCGGGAGUAUAUUUGCUCUACCUUACAGAUUAUUAUAUGCCGUGGUCUGUCAGGAUUCAGUGCUGUUAUACGACACUCAGCAAAGUGGACCUAUCGCGAUUUUCAAGGGGUUACAUUAUGCAGGUUUCACGGAUGGUGCUUGGUCUCCAGACGGUCAAGCGUUGAUGCUCUCUUCAUCCGAUGGAUACUGUUCAAUCAUAGUAUUCGACCUUGCCGAACUAGGUACCGUCCAUCCUACUCAACAACAUCAUCGACAACUACAAGCCAUCGCUCAAUCUCAUUCUUAUCUACCACACCAUCAUUCCCUUUCCGCAUCGUCGACCCCAGUCCCCAACUCUCCCCGUGUAAGUACCAUGGGUAUGCGACAAUCCCCAGCCCCACCUCGAUCUGAACGAGAGGGCUCUACAGCCAGUUCAAUAGCUUUACCCCCAUCCGCCGAACGAACCAGACCAUACGGUAUGGUAGGAGCUUCCAUACCACCUCCACCCAGCUCCAUAUCGAGUACCGAAGCCGUCCCUCGGACGCCGGACGAGACGACUGAUACGUACACUUUAGGAAUGACGGGUCGAUCAAGACGAUCGGAAAGUGGGUCAUCGACUGUAGGAUUGGGACUGGGGUUCCAUGAGGAGACGAAGAGACCGUCAGAAGGGACAGGGACGGAAGAAGGACCAAAGAAGAAAAGAAGAGUGGUUCUGACUCAUCUUGGGGAAAGCAAGUGAUUUCUUUGUUAUCUCUUGUGAGUGAAUAGAGUGGAGGAAAAGUGGUUCUUGUCCUUCUACGUGAUUGAAAGAAAGUCGACUUUGGAAGUGAUCCAAAAUUGGAUGGUUAUUUUUGGCAUGUUUUACGAUCAGAAGAUUUAUCGAGCUUGAUAGAGCUGGACGGAGAAAGAUGUGAUUGAGGAUAGUAGACGAGUACAACGUGGAUCAGUUACGUGAGAUGUUGAGUAUGGAGGGAUUAAAGAGUGACAGUGAGAGAACAAAAGAACGGUAUUAGACGAAAGAGAUGAUUGAUCAUUAUUGACAAGUAUGUUCAAACAAACACUAAAUUGAUGCAUGUAUUUUCCACAG